CUAAAUCCCCCCCCCCCCCCAAUUCCCUUCCAUCAGUCACCACCACUUUCUUUAAUUAUCGUCGUGAACGCAUGCGCCCCAUCCACGUUCUUCCUAUCCGUCGCUAUCUUCCUAGCGCUAAAUCAUUCGAGUGGUUUAUUUAGACGUUGAACAGCUGAACAGUUCAAAUACAAAGGUUUCUUCACAAAGUCCACAAAAAUGGCACUCAUUUACAUCGAGGACAACGAUCCCUGGUUAGCAGAAUAUGAAGCCUGUGAGAAGCUUUUCAGAGAAAUUAUGGAACAAUUUACAGCGCGGAAUAAACAUUCCAAAACUCUGCAAGCGUACGCGAGUAUAUCUGCAAAUAUACGUAUUCAUUUGAAACAGUAUAGUCGUGAAGUUCAACAACUCAAGAACAAAGUAGAUGAUGCUUUAAAAUCUAAAGCUAUAACUGUUGAAGAGGCAGAACGAAGGAUACGUCAAAUUGAAAUACUGGAGAGCAAAGAUGUACAAUUACAAAAGUUAUACGAUGCACGUACAAAUAGCUAUGCAUCUUCCCGUGCAAGUUUACUUACAACAGGAACAUCAGCUUUCGCGGAUGGAGGCACUACCUCUUGGGCAGCCGACGACGACGACGAUAAGCCCGUAGAUACACAAGUAACUGUUACUGAUCUUGUGACUCACCAAGAUAAGAUUCUACAAGAGCAAAAUAAAGGUUUAGAAGAAUUAGGUAAAGUUAUUGCAAAGCAAAAACAAAUUGGUCAGACCAUUAGCGACGAAGUAGAUCACCAAAAUGAAAUAAUCAGCAAUCUAGCUGAUCACAUGGAUACAACAAACAAAUCGAUAGUUAAUAAAACACAGCGAAUAAUAAUAAUUGAUUCGAAAAAUAAUGUAUGUUGUUACUGGAUAGUAAUAAUUUUUCUUUUUAUUUGUAUUAUCACAGUUGCCUUAGCUCUGUAGUAACUACUGUAUAAAAAAGGACAGAUUUUUUUUUUUUUUAAUGUAAAUUAAUUCUGUAUAUAUGUGUAAAAAUUUCAUUCUUACAAGUUAAUGUAUUUUAUGCUUUUUUCAUUAUUUAUUAAUAUUAAGUCAGUAUUUUGUUUUAUAUAUUAUAUAAAAUAUAUUGUAAUUAUCAACAGGAACAUAAAAUAAAUUAAAAUAAAUAUUUUAAUUCAU